AUGUCUCACCAGCAGCACUCCUCAGCGCUGUUGGGCUUGGAGGAUCCAGAAAGCCUAAUACCAGGUCUCCUUAAGCUCAAUCUUGGAGGAAGCGAAGUGGAGGACAGACCGAUGAAGGAAAAUAUCGAGGGAAUGAAGGAUCCUCCUAAAGGAACUCCAGAGUUCGUCCCAAAGCCAGGUUUUGUGGUGAAGACAAUAUUGGAGAAAUGCACCAAUGGAGUGGACAUGCAAGCGCGGGAUGAGAAGGGAAAGCCUCUCGCAGAGUUCUAUGUGAAUGUUUGCUACGACUACAGAGUUUUACCACCACAGACUCGGGAGGGCAAACCGACUAAGGAACUCGAAACCGCAUUCAUACCGGUCUCUAUAGGUCAGCGCCGUGAGGAUAUGAAAGCAACCGAUAAGGCCAUCGGGAAGCGCGUUCUCGUGGAUGUUGUUGUUCACACAGAUGUGAUGGUAAAGGCCAAGGACGACGUCCAAUUCAAGAGGUUUGUUGCCUUGCUAUGUCUAGACCGGUUGAUCGACUUAGAGAGGAUGAUGGAGGCAUACAAUCGUGAAUUCGAGACCCCGACGGAGGACCAGGUGAAAGGCAUCCAUACAACUCUUUCUGCAGUGCACGGGGCGUCAGUAGCCGCCCUUCGCUUCCGUGAGGCAGCGCUGGAGCUCCCCAAGAUAUCGUACAAGGCCGGCAAGCAGCCUUUAUCCCACGUCCUGCAAGCCGAUGCUGACCCCAACUUGGUCAAUGCUAUGCCCUCCACGGAGAAGGAGGCUGGAAAAUCCCCAUCAGCGACACGUUCGCCUGUUGAGCAGAAGCCGCAAGCGUUGAUUAUGCCGACUAGAGGAUCUUCGGAAGGUGGUGAUUUUUUAUUGCGUGAACGAAAGACUGUGAGGCUGCAAUAG